GGGGCGGCCGGGGACACAGCUCCGGAGGAGCGAGGGACAUGCUGCGCUGGCAAGGGCCGCUCGGCAGCUGCCUGCCCCCGGCUGGUGCUGAAAGCGGCAGGACCGUUUCUGUCCGCAUCAGAAAGCGAGCACGAGGCGGAGCGGGCCGGUGUCAGGCGGGCGGUAUAACGUGUUGCUGCCCCACUCGUUAGUACUGAGGGUGGGUAACGCUGCGCUGAGACCCCCGGGGCUGGACCCCGGGCCCAAGGACCCUGCAAGCGGGGAGCUUCCGAGCAUGGACACCGCAAUAAAACAGCUUCUUAGCUCGAGGUCCACGAGCCGGAGUCAGCUGGCUCGGGCCAGCCGCGGGUCUCUAAUCUCGGUGUAGACAUGUCCCAAGAGCCCACGUGGAACAGACCCAAAGAGCAGAUGACAUUAGUAUGACUAUGGCCCAGCCUGGGGCGGUAGUGGCAGCUGCUGCAGGAGUCCUAGUUCUUCUCCUCUACUCCUCCAUUCAUAAAGUUGAUGAGGGCCACCUGGCAGUGUAUUACAGGGGUGGUGCCUUAUUAAGCAGCCCAAGUGGACCAGGCUAUCACAUCAUGCUCCCAUUCAUUACCACCUUCAAAUCAGUGCAGACAACAUUGCAAACUGAUGAAGUAAAAAACGUGCCUUGUGGGACGAGUGGUGGAGUUAUGAUCUACAUUGACCGAAUAGAAGUUGUGAAUAUGUUAGCACCAUAUGCAGUGUACGACGUUGUGAAGAACUACACUGCAGACUAUGAUAAGACCUUGAUCUUCAAUAAAAUUCACCAUGAGCUGAAUCAGUUCUGCAGUGCCCAUACCCUCCAGGAAGUGUACAUUGAGCUAUUUGAUCAGAUUGAUGAGAACCUGAAGCUGGCCCUGCAAAAAGAGCUGAAUGUCAUGGCACCCGGUCUCACCAUCCAGGCUGUGCGUGUUACAAAGCCCAAAAUCCCGGAAGCCAUUCGAAGAAACUUUGAACUAAUGGAGGCUGAAAAGACCAAACUGCUCGUAGUAGCACAGAAGCAAAAGGUUGUGGAGAAGGAGGCGGAGACGGAGAGGAAGAAGGCUCUCAUAGAAGCUGAGAAGGUGGCUGAGGUGGCCAAGAUUCAUUAUCGACAGAAACUUAUGGAGAAGGAAGCAGAGAAGAGAAUUUCUGAGAUUGAAGAUGCUGUUUUGCUAGCAAGAGAGAGAACAAAAGCUGAUGCAGAAUAUUACACGGCUCGGAAAAUGGCUGACUCUAACAAGCUGAAACUCACGCCAGCAUAUCUGGAGCUGAAGAAGUAUCAGGCCAUCGCUGCCAACAGCAAGUUGUAUUUUGGUAACAGCAUCCCCAGCAUGUUUUGGGAUUCCUGCACCUUCAAACAUGUGGCUGUGAGGACCAUGCCAGAAGCCAGCCUCCUUUCAAAGGAGGAUCCUGCACUCUCUGGGGAAAGCUACCUCAAAAAACCGGAGAGCACAGGCUGAUACAAGCGGUGGAAAAGCUUCAGCAAGCUCUGGAAGCAGGGGCUGCAUCAUGCAGACCAGCGUUCUCCCUAGUGUGCUACAGGGCCGUUGCCUGCCCUCUGUCAUGCCCCAGUGGGGCGGACACAGCACACGCAGCCUCUUUCUACCCGGAUGUGACAAUUGGGUUGAUUUCUUUAAGCAACAGCUGUGUUGAGGGCUCUGCCUUUCCCUUUUCUCACUCCCUAUUUGAGCUGGUGUUUCCGAAUGAGGGACAAUCCUGUACUUAAAUCUGCCUAUACUGGAACAUUAAAGGACAGAAGCCAGGGAGCCUUCUGCAGGAGGUGCAGUUCUUUAGAAGGCCUGUGUUCUGCAAUACCCUUGUGGCAGGAGAUUUGGCCUAGCGGCCCUCGAGGAUGCUGGGUGAGUGGGAUAGAAAGCCUGGUCGUUUUGCUGCCGAGAUCCUGAGGCUGGACCGACUCGUUAACCUCCCUCAUACUGCUCUUAGGCCUAUCACUUAUCUAGACGUAAACUUAAUUUCUUGUAAAAUGCUACUGACUUUCGUCUGGGUCGUGCCUCACCCAUGCACACCUGCUCAGCUCCCUAGAUGCCAGAGGUCUUAGAAGCCCAGCUAGGAUGGUUUUGGUGGCAAGUAGUUUUU